CUUUUACUAUUUUAAACCGACUCUAUUAACGUUAUCUACCUUUUAUAUAAAAUUUAUUUUAAUGCUUAUUUACAUAAAAUAUCGAGUUAGGCAGAUAUAUCCCACGUUUAAUUUUAAUCAUUCUUAAUUAUUUUAAUAUUUUAUUUUAUAAUUUUCCAUUUCAAGCUGAAAUUUAAAGAGAAUUUUUAACAAUGGUCUUGCUAUUAUUAUUCAUAUUCUUCCCUUUUUGUUCCUUGACACCACCAACAAAGGUCAAAUAAAUGUUAAUGAUGAGUCCUUCCGGUAAAAGAAGGGAUUUUAAAGAUUCGCCCCUCUCCAAGCUAAGUGUUGAUCUGAUUCAGACUUACAAAAGAAUAAAUGAGAUAUACUACACGAGGAAGAGGCUGAAGCAUGACAGACAGCAUAGAUCGCACGCAAACAUAAUCCUUGCUGAUAAGGAUUGCCCACAUCACCACCAUCACCACUCAGAUGUCAGUAGAAGUUCAUCCAUCGUAAAAAGGUCAAUAAAAAAUGGAGAUUGUUCUGUAAAAAACAGUUGUGACAAUUUGUACACACAGAAAUUUCAGCAAACUCAUUCUCAGUCUAACUACAACAUCAGUAAUCAACAACAACAACAGCAGCAGAGAACGAUGCAACAAUCACUUUUACAGCAACGACCUCAACAGCAUUCGCAACAACACUUGCAACAACAACAACCUCAACAACUAUUACACAGCAACAGCGGCAGCAAUAACAACAACAACACUCUUAGACUAUAUAAAAAUAACAAUUCUCAAGUACAGCAGAAAUCAGAUGAACAGCAAGAAUAUGCCCCUUUUGUCUCUGGUGACGUAUGGCACGAUAGGUACAUAUUGGGGCAGAUACUUGGGAAGGGAUCUUUUGGACAGGUGGUGAAAGCCCUGGAUAUGCACUCGAACGAGGGCGUCGCCGUAAAAAUCAUCAAAAACAAGAAGCCCUUUCUCAACCAGGCCAGGAUUGAAAUCAGCCUAUUAGAGCUCAUUAAGUCACAUGACCCAGCUAAGAAGAAUGGGAUUGUUCACUUGCUGAGUUACUUUGAGUGCAUCUCACCACCGACCGCAGUUGGCCAGCUUUGCUUGGUGUUCGAACUCCUCUCAUUCAACCUCUACGACCUCCUACGUAACACCAACUUUAAAGGCGUGUCGCUGAAUUUGACCCGUAAAUUCGCUUAUCAACUCUGCAAUGCCCUGAAAUUCCUGUCCUCGCCACAGUUAGGCAUCAUACAUUGCGACUUGAAGCCGGAGAACGUGCUGCUGGUCAACCCUAAACGGAGCCAGAUCAAGAUUGUUGAUUUUGGCAGCUCCUGCAAGCGAGAUCAGAGGCUGUACAGUUACAUUCAGAGUCGUUUCUAUCGGAGUCCUGAAAUAUUGAUGGGUCUGCAGUACGACCUGCCCAUCGACAUGUGGAGCCUCGGCUGCAUCCUCGUCGAAGUGCACGUUGGAGAGCCUCUCUUUCAUGGCCUUGAUGAGGUCGACCAACUGAACAGGAUCAUCGAAGUCCUCGGCCUGCCACCGCAGAAGGUAGUUGACAAGGCCUCCAAGUACAAUAAGUUCUUCACCAAAACAUCCUCCGGCUACACUGUGAAGGAUAUUUCCAAGUACAAGCCAGCUGGCUCGAGAAACUUACGAUCAGUAUUAGGAGUUGAAGUCGGUGGACCUGGAGGCCGAAGACUGAACGAAUCUGGCCACUCGUGCGCCGACUACGCCACCUUCCACGACUUAAUAUCUCGUAUGUUGACGUACGAGUCUAUCAAACGAAUAUCGCCCAUCAUAGCGCUGGAACACUCCUUCUUCAAGCCAUUAGAAACACCACUGACCACACCCCUGCAUAACUUCUCGACUGCAUCUUCCUCCGCCAUAUCGUCGCUUGGUCAAUCGAAUAAAAUGACCACUAGAUUCAAUUGCAGUGUUGGUAAUACUGGCAGCUGUAGUGGCGGCGGUGGUGGCCACAGCGGCGUUGGUGGACACGCUAGUAGUUUCAUAACAAAUGUGCUGCUGAGUCCCAGAAGAACUGUGUCUAAUUUGGUCCAUUCGAAUUUAACGCCGGCCGCUGUCUCCUCGCCGACCACUGCCAAGAGGUCCUACUCGAACACUGGUCGCCAGUCGUCAUCAAAUAAGCCACCGUCAUCUAGACCCAUGCGAUGAGAGGAUUCCACUGUCAGUCAGUCAACAAUCAACCAGCCAAUCAGUCAAUUGAUGGAUUGAAUGACUGACUGAUUGAUUGGUUGAACGAUCCAUUCAUUUCAACCAGACACAAAUAAAAGAGCUGCUAUGUAGAGAGGUGGAAAGAUGAAGAAGAUGACGUCAUGUGUGUGUGUUUGUGUGUGUGUGUGCGCGCGUGCGUGCGUGGUUGUAUGUCAUUCAUCAUUCGUUCUUCAAUUUUCCCUCUCAUUUUAUCCAUCAUUUAUUUUUACUUUCUUUUUAUUUGCAAUUGCGGAAUUUUAUCUCUGUGUAUGAAAAUCUUUUUAAACGGUCGCCACUUGCAAUUGCAAUUUCAUAUAGCGCUCUGGUGUUUACUCGUUCGGGCGCGAGUAUUAGUAUUUUAUUACGUGAUUAUGUAUACAACAGUAUUCAAUGCGUAUACAUACAUAUAUAUAUAUAUGUACGCUUAGUCAUAAUUUCACCGUGUAUAAAUUAAUGAUGAUGAAAGACACUCUUGUCAUCGUUAACGAGGUAUCUGUAACUCGAUUUUUAAAAAUUUGGGUUAAAUAUAGUAUUAAUUUAUUAUUAAUAAUAACAAAAAUUGAGUAUUAAUGUUAGUGAAAUUACUGCUAAUUGUAAUGAUAGUAAUAAUACUGAAUAUUAAGAAGAAAUGAAUUUUAAAUUAUUUUUCAUGUUGUUGCGAUAAACAGUGAUUUCCUGGCAAGAAUGGAAUAGUCA